GAUGCUUUUACGAGCAAAGUGGAAAAAUUGGUGCAAACCUUGGUAUUGGCCGAAAGAUAUGAAGCAGUUGGGCCAAUUUGCCGCCUGGCUAUUCCAGUUUAUGAGGAACAAAAGAACUAUCGAGCAUUGGUAAAUAUCUACGCCGAGCUACAGCAAGCGUUCAACUUGGCCGAUCAGAUGAAAACAAGCGGCAAAAGGCAGCUUGGAACCUACUUCAAAGUAUUGUUCUAUGGCCCCACACAUUUCAAGGAACUGCACGGAACCGAAUGGGUUUAUCGUGAGGUGGGCCAUACAUCAUUAGCAGAAGCAUGUGAACGAAUGACCGAAGCAUGUCGUUCCGCAGUUGGCCAUGAUCGGAUACAAAUGAUUACCGAGCGACAGGUGGGCCAUACAUCGUUAGCAGAAGCGUGUGAACGAAUGACAGAAGCAUGUCGUUCCGCGGUUGGCCAUGAUCGAAUACAAAUGAUUACCGAGCGACAGGUUCCAUAUUUUUCGAAAUUUGCUCUAUCGUUACCUCUCUUACCAGCUAUAGUACCGAUUUUUCUUGUUGUAUAG